AUCACUUCGGACAAACGAAACGUUAGACACGCCAGUCAAUUUAAGUUAAUUUUAUAUUUUUUUAGUUCAGUACCGUCGUUGUCGUCGCCGCCGCCGAUCAUAUUUUAAGCAAUUUGAUGCGCAUGUGGCUCAUAUAAAAAUAAAUAUAUAUAAAAAAAGUUGAAAUAUUUAAAUAUACAAAAAGAUAUUAGCUAGAAAAAUCUUUUAGUGAAUUAAUUGAAGUUUGAUUUUUCGUGUGUGUUUUAAGUGAUUUACUGUUUUUAGUACUCUUACAUAAGCAAUUUUACGAGUUUUUUUUUUGGAUUAAAACAUUUUUUUUUUUUUCAUCAAAUCAGCUGAAAAAAGAAACCACAUAUUUAAUUGCAAUUAAAAUUGUAAUGUGUGAUGCUUGAAAAAAGGGAAAUUUAUCGCAAGUGGAAAAAAAUAAGGAAUAAUAAUAAUAAUUUUAUUUUCAAAUAAAUAUUAAAAAUAAAGUGUAGUAAUAUUAUAGAGGUGUAAAUAUAAAAAAUAUAACCGUUAUCAAAUAAAAAAAAAAAAACUAGAAAAAUAAAUUUAAAACAAUAUCAAGUGCAUGAAAACAAUUCUGAUGGAAACAACACCAGCACUAACGGUACCAAUUAGAAUUCCCUUGAGCGAGAACUUCUCCUCAUCUACUAUUGGUCAACCGCAAUUCGGCUGCUCUGCCGACAGUGGGGUCAUCACCCGAAAAACGUCUAGCCAAAGUCUACACACUCGCAGUACAUCUGGAUCGUUGUGUUUACGACCACAAAGAUGCAGUACUCUACGAUUACCCUAUAAACUCUUGUCACAGGACAGUGGCAUUGAUAGUGUUGCUGACGUCAAUUGUGGUGGCAGUGAGAACGAUUUAAAAUGUCGAACAGGACGAUCCUCGACGGUGUCGUCAUCAACAGAAUCCCUCGGAACGAGUUCCUCGUCAGGGACUUCGUCAGGCAAGGUUUCAGAAUGCAUAAGCAGUAUCCUGCCCGUAGAUUUAGAAUUACUGCCACCUGUAAAGGAAGGAUAUGCAACUGGGGAAGGCACCAUAGAUGCAGUCAGAGCUGCUGCUGUUCCUUUAAGACAAACAACAAAGUUAAGAACGAAUACGAUCACUGCAGCAGUAGUUGUGGAGGAUAAAAUUGAUGAAGUCGUCCUAGAGGACGACGAUACAAUUUUUGAAACUUCCAUUAAUAAUUUGAAAAGCAACCAAGGAGUUACCGCUGCUGACUCUGCAUCAGGUCAGCCGGUUAGAGAAGGCUUCCAAAAGGCCGAUGACAUUGAAUUGUUCUUUCCAAUUUUUAAGAACGCCGACGAACCAAUGAUCGAUGCGAAAUUGAUCAAUAAAAAAGAUGGUUUGCAGGACACAAUGUAUUAUUUGGACGAAUUUGGUAGUCCGAAAUUGCGAGAGAAAUACGCACGUAAAGAGCGCCAAAGGGCAAUGAAAAAACAAAAGAAAAAGAAGACCAAAAAAUUAGCUCAUAAAACAAAUAAAGUUCCUUGUGUUGUUGUUGUAGCAACAGAUAAUGGCGAAGAGGAGGAUGUUAAUGUUGAUGUUGUGGAAGAUGAUAAAGAAAAACAAAAUUGUGAUAAUAGACACUUAAGUGAAAGUAGUAUUAAGAGUAGGGUAUCUAAGGAUGAAGCAGAUGAUGAAACUGAGGAUAGUGACAAUAAUUGUGAUGAAUCGGAGGAGAAGAUGACGAGCAGUAAUACAACGUCAUCUUGUGUCAGUUGGACAAAGGUUUUUUCGAAAUUUCGUAAUAUUUUGGGUAAGUGCGCAACUGGUAAUGAAAAUUCACUUAUUUUACAAACGGACCAAGGCAGAGAUGGUUCGAAAAUUACAACGGUGGUUGCCACACCAGGACAAGGCACUGAUCGUGUGCAAGAAGUUUCAUAUACAGACACAAAAGUUAUUGGCAAUGGAAGUUUUGGAGUUGUUUUCCAAGCUAAAUUAUGCGAUACCGGAGAACUGGUAGCAAUUAAGAAAGUUUUACAAGAUAGACGUUUUAAGAAUCGGGAGUUGCAGAUAAUGAGAAAAUUGGAACACUGUAAUAUUGUGAAGUUAUUGUAUUUUUUUUACUCGAGUGGUGAAAAGUUAGCCGAAUUUCCCAUCGAUUUGGGAAUAUUUGCGGGGGUGCUUAAACCACAGCGGGAUGAAGUAUUUUUGAAUUUAGUACUCGAAUACAUACCGGAAACCGUAUACAAAGUUGCUCGUCAGUAUGCUAAAACUAAACAAACGAUACCAAUUCAUUUUAUCAGGCUUUAUAUGUAUCAAUUAUUCAGAAGUUUGGCAUACAUACAUUCUCUGGGCAUCUGUCAUCGUGAUAUUAAACCACAAAAUUUAUUGCUAGACCCAGAAACGGCUGUGCUUAAACUUUGCGACUUUGGCAGCGCUAAACAACUGCUCCAUGGCGAACCGAAUGUUUCGUACAUAUGCUCUAGGUAUUACCGUGCACCCGAGCUAAUAUUUGGCGCAAUUAAUUAUACCACAAAAAUUGAUGUGUGGAGCGCCGGUUGUGUACUCGCUGAAUUACUUCUGGGACAACCAAUAUUCCCCGGAGAUUCUGGUGUCGAUCAAUUGGUCGAAGUGAUCAAGGUAUUGGGUACACCAACACGAGAGCAAAUUCAUGAAAUGAAUCCAAAUUAUACGGAAUUCAAAUUUCCCCGAAUUAAAAGUCAUCCAUGGCAAAAGGUAUUCCGCAUCCGAACACCUCCAGAGGCUAUAAGUCUAGUAUCGGAACUACUUGAAUACACACCUAGCGCCAGAAUCACGCCCCUUAAGGCUUGCGCACAUCCUUUCUUUAAUGAGUUACGUGAGGGUCCUCAAGUCUUACCGAAUGGACGGGAAUUUCCCCCAUUGUUUAAUUUCACUGAACAUGAACUUUCAAUACAACCAAGUUUAAUCCCACAAUUGUUGCCACAACGACAACAUGAUGCUUCAAAUCGAUCAGGAUCUGGCGCUGCAACAGCUUCUGGCUCAAACUCAAACCCAUCAAGUGGCGCCGGAACGCCAGGAGCAACCACGCAAUCAACAGGCAACCAAUCAUCGAAUGUUGGAGGCGCCAGUGGUUCAUCAGCAUCAGGUGGUGGCAAUUCAUCAUCAGCAGCAACUAGUUCUGCUGCUAUAGGCUCAUCAUCAUCAACACAGCCUCAGCCGGCCGAAGGAACUGCAAAUAAUAGUCAAGCUGCGGCAACUUCAGCAACAGCUGGAGCAGCUGCAGCAGGAGCUACGACAUCGCCGGGGGCAGUGGGAAGUUCACAAAUACAACAAACAGCGACGACAAUGGGUUAGCAAGCUUCAUUCAGGUUUAAUUCCCAUGAUUAUAAUACAAUAAUAGCUAUUAUAAUGAUUAUAACAGAAAAUAUUAAUAAAAUUUAUAUUAUUAUUAUUACAUUAAAAUUAUUAUUAUUACUAUUGAUAAAAGCAACUAUUAUAAAUACUAUUAAAGUACUAAAAACCAACCAACAAAUCAAAAAUUUAAUAUAAACUGCAAAACGAUUUUUCAAAAAAAAAAAGAAAAAAAACAUGCACCAAUUUUUUUUGUUCUUCCUCGUAAAAGAUACAAAUAAUAAUAAAAAAAAAACAACAAAAACAUCAUCUCAUUUCAAUUUAAUCACCAUCAUUUUCUCAUUAAUUUUUCUUAUAUAAAAAGAUUGCAUAAAUAUAUAAAAUUAUUUACACAAAAACCAAAACGCAUAACAAAAAAAAAAAAUAAA